AUGCCAAGAUUUCGCUUUUUCCAGGAUGUCCUUCAGGAUUGCGAGAACAGCAAAAUCAAAGGCGGAUCCUUGUCACAAUCUCAGCGUCUUUCACUUAGUAUAACGAACUCAUUCGAGACUGGAUUAUUUUGGAUUUGCCUUGCUUUACGGCAUAGUUCUAUGUUUUUUGGCCCUUUUACAACGAUGGAGGAUCGAUUAUGUCUGCUGAGUGCUGAAGAGUGUCUCAACAAUGAACCCUUUGUUGAAAAGAAAAUGCGCGAGGCAACUGAGGGCAUAUUAGAAUCUCAUUAUAGCAUUGAUGAACUAGUUGAUCUUUAA